UCAUUUUAAGAAAAUUUUAGUCGUGAAAAUUUAUUUGUGAAUAUUUUUAUAGGAAAUAAAAAUUAGAAUUAUUUUAGUAUAUUUUAAUAUAUAAUGGAAAAUGUUGGGGAGCCGCAAUAUUUGUCGGAUCACGAACAUGAUAUUAAAUUAAUUGAAAGGAACGAAUCGCCACCUGACGACCAGAACUACGACCAAGAAAAAGAGGAAGAAAAACAAGAUCAAGAUCAAGACGAAGUAGAUUCAAAUCCUGGAGGAAAAUUCUACCCAGAAUAUGAAUGGAAAAGAAUUACAGAUGAUUUUUUUAAUGCCUGUGCCGAACUUUCUCUUGGUGAAUUAGUUCACGAUGAAGUAUUUGGAUUGUUUGAGGCUAUGUCUGCUAUUGAAAUGAUGGAUCCGAAAAUGGAUGUUGGAAUGGGCUUUAGUAAAAAUGAACCUCCGCCACAUACUUUCGAAACGGCUGUUCAAGCUGGUAUUUUAAAGUUAUCAGAUCUUGAUAAUAGUGAGCUUAUUGGGCUUUUUGACUCAUUGUAUGCUUGUUUGGUGGCGUGGCUAGAAGGUCAUUCUUUAGAUCAAAUACUAUUCACAUGUUUAUAUUUGCAUUCACCAGACUCAAUAGAAGACAAAUCAUUGAAAACAUUUUGUACAGCUAUUAGGCGCAUUGUAAAUACGAUUAAAGACUUCAUUCUCGAAAGCAAUGUUAAUGAAGAAGAAGAUUUUCAAUUAUUUAGAGCAUCAAGCUAUAAUUUUUGUGAUCACCUAUCAGUCCCCAAAGUAGUUUCUAUGAUAAGAGAAGCUGAAGAAGAACUUGUUAAAAAAUCAAAAAUUGAAGCACAACCUGAUGAUACAAUAGCCAUUAUUAAUCGUUUAAGACUUAUGCGUCAUUUGUUUCAGUCAUUACACUUGUUUUGGCCGAGAAGGGAUGCAGCUCCAACUGAAAAUGAAAUAGCUGAAAUACAGAGAAAUUUAAGUGCAGGAUUAGAUUUACUUCCCUAUAUUAAGAAAACAGUAGACAAAGGAACACAACCGGAUCCAAAUUCGGAGGCUCCCAAUCCAAUGGGAUUUUCACCUAGAGUUAAUCAAAGAAAUUUACCUCCGACAUUUCCUAGAAGUGCGGAAAUUAAAGAUCGUUUAUCUAGUUAUCAAUUUCUUGAAGAAUUAUUUCAACGUCUAAAAUUUGCGUGUAAGGUUGUUCAUUUAAGAGACUACCACUCUGCUUUGAAUUUCUUCAUAGAUUUUAGUAAACGAUCUGAUCACUGUCUUCUUUCUCGCAGUGUUUUACAAAUUUUAUUUUUAAAUAACAGGAAAAUUUUAGGUGUAAUACCAUUUGAAGAUUGUUUAAAAGAAUCUGUAAAAAACUUUAUAGCUCCACCGGUGCUUAUGGCUAAAAAUCCCCUUGCGCUACAUCCUCAAGCAAAAAGCUGCGUUGAUGCAUUUUUCAGCUACUGUAAUAUGCAUCCUUUUAUGUACUUUUUGCAAAUAUGUGGGUAUAAUAGAGCGAGGCAAAGAGAUAAAUUAGCUAGACUUAUUCAGGAAGGAUUCGCCAAUUUACAAGAUGAAGCUGGACGAGUUGACUCUUAUUUAAAUGUACUUGCUACGAAAACUGAAGCUGCGGGUCAGCACAUUGCAUUUUUUGGUACAUGGACAUUAUAUCACUGUUUACGUGCAAUGUCUUUAUAUUUGCUGUCAGGUUUCGAAUUAGAAUUAUACAGUGUUCACGAAUAUUUGUACAUUUUUUGGUAUUUAUUUGAAUUUCUUUUUGGUUUCAUUAUUUCGGCUUUAACACGUGCUGACUGUAUUUUAACUGAACAAGAGCAUCUUCAAGAACAAUUAAAUAACAAAGGGUCUAAACAGAGAAAAUCAAAGCCAAAGAAAAAGAAACAGCAAAAAACUUUUAAAGUUGAAAUCGAUUACAAUCACGCUUUGCAAAAUUUAUGUGGUGGUUAUUACAAAACAAUGGCAGGAUUUACCAAAGAUGAGAGGAUUCGUCAUCCUAUGUCCAAAUUUGAUAACGAAUCAAUUCGAUUUAGUCAUCGUUUUGCACCAUUUGCAAAUUUGACAAGUCCGCCACCAAUACCCUAUUGUGAAUUUUACAAAAUGAAAACUUGUCUUUUAAGACUAAGCUCGACCGAAUUGUAUAAAGCUGCCACAAAUCAUUUUCAUCAGGCUAGAAAGUGCUUAGAAUCAAUUCAAAAUCCGGACCAAGAAAUGCUUCAGUUGAUACAAGUUGCAAAGGUUAAUUUUGUUGUAACCAGUUUGCUUGCCAAUGGACAUAAAAAAGAUUCUAAAUCUCAACCAGACUUUGACUUUUCACAUCAUAGAUACUUCCCAAUUAUCAAAUUGAAUUAAUUUAUAAAAAAUUAAUAUUUAAUUUAAAAAAGUAUAGUACUAACUAAACUGAAAUAUAUAAUUUUUUGAUUAUAGCAAUAAAAAUAAAAAAUAACUUAUAUAA